AUGGACUACAAGGUCCCACUGUAUGAUAAAAUUGUAAGCGAAAGAGAACUGGCUAGAAAAGAAAGAAUCGGCAAAGCUGCAAUCGAGUCAUUAAACCUAGCCAUGAUGCCUCCCAGAAUGGAAUUAUACUACAGACAGCUGCAAAAAGCUUCAAAAAUUCCUAAACCAAAGCCGAAAACUAAAAAGUUCAAAGCCAAAGCAGUCCCAGACUUCCGCAGACUCCAAGCUGAUUUCCAAAGCACCUUAGACGCCUGCAAGCAGUCUUUCAACCCUACAAAGCCUGAGCAUUUUGCGUUCAACGAAACCAGUCUUCUUUCAACUACCUCAAACUCCUUGACAAAGAAGCUGACGCCAAUAAAAAUGGGGCCAGCCUUCCAAGGCAAAAAGAUCUAA